CCUCCGUGGGCCGGGCAGGCAGGACUGGCAGCAUGACUAUAAAUCUCACCAGUGUUGGGUUGUGCCACCGGUCUUGACUUCCCCGGGACUGCUCUGGUAUACCAGGAUAGAUACAUUUGCCAGUGGGGCAUUGACUUCACCUUUGCGUUUUCGGUUUUUCCAUCGACACGAUGCCUUCCGUUUCCAACUCUGACGAGCUGAUAUUUUUUGUGAAUGGAAGAAAGGUCAUAGAGAAGAGCCCUGACCCUGAAGUGAAUCUGCUCUUCUACCUGAGGAAAAAGAUCCGUCUCACAGGCACUAAAUAUGGCUGCGGGGGAGGAGGCUGUGGCGCCUGCACGGUGAUGGUGUCACGAUAUGAUCCCAAGAGCAAGAAGAUUCACCACUACCCAGCCACAGCAUGCUUGGUGCCCAUCUGUUCUCUCCAUGGGGCAGCCAUUACCACAGUGGAAGGUGUGGGAAGCAUCAGAAAGAGGAUUCACCCCGUGCAGGAACGGCUUGCCAAGUGUCACGGCACGCAGUGUGGAUUCUGCAGCCCUGGCAUGGUGAUGUCCAUCUACACGCUGCUCAGGAACCACCCAGAGCCGACGCCUGAUCAGAUCACCGAGGCACUUGGAGGCAAUCUGUGCCGAUGUACCGGAUACCGACCAAUUGUAGAAAGUGUGAAAACGUUCUCACCGCGUUCCCCUUGUGUUGUGUUCCGCGGUGUCCAGAUGUGUACCAAACUGUACGACGAAGACGAGUUCCAGCCCUUGGACCCGUCGCAGGAACCGAUAUUUCCUCCUGAGCUGAUCAGAAUGGCCGAAGACCCAGAUAAGCGGAGGCUGACGUUCCGAGGGCCGAGGACCACCUGGUUCGUGCCUGUGACCUUGGAGGACCUUCUGGAACUCAAAGCCAGCUACCCGAAAGCCCCACUUGUCAUGGGAAAUACCUCAGUAGGACCCAGUAUUAAAUUUAAAGGUGAAUUUCAUCCAGUUUUUAUAUCCCCUCUUCGGUUCCCAGAGCUGCACUUGGUGAAGAACACAGAAAAUGGACUGACCAUUGGAGCCUGCUGCAGCCUGGCUCAGGUGAAGGACAUCUUGGCUGAGAGCAUCUCUGAGCUCCCGGAGGAGAAAACUCAGACCUACCGAGCUCUCCUGAAACACCUUCGGAGCCUGGCGGGGCAGCAGAUCCGGAACAUGGCGACCUUAGGUGGACACGUGAUAAGCCGGCAUUGCUACUCAGACCUGAAUCCUAUUCUCUCUGUGGGCAAAGCCGCACUCAACCUGCUGUCAGAAGAAGGUGCGCGGCAGAUUCCCCUCGAUGGAUCUUUUCUUGCUGGGUCGGCGAGUGCGGACCUGAAACCAGAGGAGAUUUUGGCUUCUGUGUACAUCCCUCACUCUCGAAAGUGGGAGUUUGUGUCUGCUUUCCGGCAGGCCCAAUGCCAUCACAACGCUUUGCCCGACGUGAAUGCUGGCAUGAGAGUCCUGUUCAGUGAGGGCACAGACACCAUCGAGGACCUGAGCAUCGCCUUCGGCGGAGUGGGGCCCGCCACCGUCAGUGCACACCGAUCCUGCCAGCAGCUCCUUGGCAGGCACUGGAAUGCGCUCCUGCUAGAUGAGGCUUGCAGGCACCUUCUGGAAGAAGUCUCCCUCCCGGGCUCAGCUCUAGGGGGCAAAGUGGAGUUCAAGAGGACUCUGAUGGUCAGCUUCCUCUUCAAGUUCUACCUGGAGGUUCUGCAGGGACUGAGGAGAAAACUAAAGCUGUCCUCGGAGUCGGCCGACAGCCAGCGUUCUCCAGUGAUUGCAGACCGGUUCCUGAGUGCUCUGGAAGAUUUCCAGGUCACACUACCCCAGGGAGUCCAAACAUACCAGAGAGUGGACCCCCGCCAGCCUCUCCAAGAUCCAGUUGGCCGUCCCAUCAUGCAUCUGUCCGGUCUUAAACAUGCCACAGGGGAAGCCACAUUUUGUGACGACAUCCCCAGAGUGGAUGAGGAACUUUUCAUGGCUUUGGUGACCAGUACCAGGGCUCAUGCAAGAAUCAUCUCCAUCGACUCAUCUGAGGCCUUUGCCCUACCUGGCGUGGUUGAUGUGAUAACAGCAGAGGACAUUCCGGGUGCCAACGGUGCCGACGAUGACAAGUUAUUGGCUGUAGAUGAGGUGCUCUGUGUGGGCCAGAUCAUCUGUGCCGUGGUUGCAGAGACCGAUGUGCAGGCAAAACGAGCAACCGAGAAGAUAAAAAUCACCUACGAGGAUCUGGAACCUGUGAUUUUCACCAUUGAGGAUGCCAUAAAACACAAUUCGUUCCUGUGCCCUGAAAAGAAGCUCGAACAAGGGAACAUCGAGGAAGCGUUUGAAAACGUGGAUCAGAUAGUUGAAGGAGAGGUCCAUGUUGGAGGGCAAGAACACUUCUACAUGGAAACCCAGAGAGCGCUCGUUAUCCCGAAGACAGAAGACCAGGAACUGGACGUGUACGUGUCCACCCAGGAUCCAGCCCACGUGCAGAAAACAGUGUCCUCUACCUUAAACAUCCCCAGCAACAAGAUCACCUGCCACGUGAAACGCGUGGGCGGAGGUUUUGGAGGAAAAGUGGGGAGACCAGCUGUGUUCGGGGCAAUUGCUGCGGUGGGGGCUGUCAAAACUGGCCAUCCCAUUCGUCUUGUUCUGGAUCGAGAAGAUGACAUGCUAAUAACUGGGGGAAGGCAUCCGUUAUUUGGGAAAUAUAAAGUGGGAUUCAUGAACAGUGGACGGAUCAAAGCCCUAGACAUUGAGUGUUACAUCAACGGAGGGUGCACCCUGGAUGACUCAGAGCUGGUAACGGAAUUCCUUGUGUUGAAGCUGGAAAAUGCCUAUAAAAUCCGCAACCUCAGACUCCGAGGUCGUGCGUGCAUGACCAAUUUACCGUCCAACACAGCCUUCCGUGGGUUUGGCUUCCCACAGGGAACCCUGGUCACAGAAUCCUGUAUCACAGCUGUGGCCGCUAAAUGUGGGCUUCCACCAGAAAAGGUAAGGGAGAAAAACAUGUACAAAACAAUCGAUAAAACCAUCUACAAACAAGCUUUCAGCCCUGAGCCCCUGAUAAGGUGUUGGAACGAGUGUCUGGACAAGUCUUCCUUUCACGCCAGAAGGACACAGGCGGAGGAGUUCAAUCGGAAGAACUACUGGAAGAAGAGGGGUAUUGCUAUUAUCCCUAUGAAGUUUUCAGUUGGCUUUGCCGCAACAAGCUACCACCAGGCCGCCGCACUCGUCCAUAUCUACACGGACGGGUCUGUGUUGGUCGCACACGGAGGCAAUGAACUGGGGCAAGGGAUCCACACCAAAAUGCUACAGGUGGCCAGCCAUGAACUAAAAGUCCCCAUGUCUUACAUGCACAUCUGUGAGACCAGUACCGCCACCGUGCCCAACACAAUCGCUACGGCGGCGUCGGUCGGCGCGGACGUCAACGGCAGAGCUGUGCAGAAUGCCUGCCAGAUCCUUCUGAAGCGCCUGGAGCCCAUCGUGAAGAAAAAUCCAGACGGUACAUGGAGGGACUGGAUAGAAGCAGCCUUUGAACAGAGAAUCAGUCUUUCGGCAACUGGAUACUUCAGGGGCUACAAGGCCUUCAUGGACUGGGAGAAGCAGGAGGGGGACCCGUUUCCGUACUACGUCUACGGAGCUGCCUGUUCCGAGGUUGAGAUCGACUGCCUGACAGGAGCUCACAAGAAAAUCAGAACAGACAUUGUCAUGGACGCCUGUUGCAGCCUGAAUCCAGCCAUUGAUGUUGGGCAAAUAGAAGGUGCAUUUAUUCAGGGAAUGGGCCUUUACACCACGGAGGAGCUGCACUAUUCCCCAGAAGGGGUCUUGUACUCUCGGAGCCCGGAGGAGUACAAAAUUCCUAGCGUCACUGAUGUCCCUCAGCAGUUCAACGUGUCCUUGUUGCCAAACUCUGAGACCCCGCUAACCAUCUACUCCUCUAAGGGCCUGGGGGAGUCUGGGAUGUUCCUGGGGUCAUCUGUGUUCUUCGCCAUUGCCGAUGCGGUGGCUGCAGCGCGAAGAGAACGAGACCUCGCCGAGGACUUCACAGCGCAGAGCCCAGCAACGCCAGAGCGGGUGCGCAUGGCCUGUGCGGAUCGGUUCACAGACAUGAUCCCAAGAGAUGACCCGAAGACAUUUAAACCUUGGUCUAUACCUAUAGCUUAAGCUGCCGUCCUUUCCUAAGAGAUACUUCAGGACUCAAGGGAAAAGACACAGAAUCCUAACUGGACUCCAGACUGAUACUCAUAUACUCUAGGGUGGGAGGGAAGGGUGAGCUAUGCCACAAAGUUUAAAAGUUUAGAAACACUAUUCAAACCUAACUGCAUCAGCAAGAUGAAUCAUUUCUUACAAAUGAGUUACUUAGUGUCCUCAGCCUAGAGGCCACCCGGCAAGCACUGCAACGAUUGAAGCAUGUUUGAUGAUUUGUCUCUAAAAAGACUGAGUAUGUGUUGCUGGAGAAGGACCGAAAAGGAGACCAGGUGGCAGCCGCCAUCUUUGCCUGGAAGACCCUCCCUGCAGAUAAACACGUGAUGACUUUGCCCAGUGAUUUGCUGAUGCAGGAGCCACUGAACCCCAGCAAGAGCGUGGUUUCUGCAAGGUUUAGUUUGCUUUUCACCAGGGAUCGGCUGUGGGUCUGCGUACAUUGGUUUAACAGAAACGUAGUGGGAUUUUCCUUGUGUUAGAUGAUCGUUCAGUACUUGAGCAUUCCCUUUGGAAUUUGAAGGAGAAAGAAAAAGAUAGUAUAUAGACUUUUGAAAGGAAUGUCACAAAGUGUUUCCUUUUUUUUUUUAUUUCUGUGGGUUUUUUUUUCCUGAGGGGGAGAAGGUGUUUGUUUUGUUCUUUGCUUUUUUGCUUUUGCUUUUUAUGGAAAGCAUCUGAUCUGAUAGGAGAGCCCGAGAAAUACCGGAUGACUUGGUUUCCCAUGCACUGGCAUAGGUAACAGAGUAAAUGGAUCAUAAAUUGAAAUCAACUUUGACCUGGGGUUUAAGAUAUUUGAAGUUAAAAUGUAGGUAGGUGAUGGGGGGCGGUUGUCUAGUAUGUCCUAUGUCAGUCCUGAGUUUGAUCCCCAGCACAACAAAAAGCAAAACUAAAAACGAUAAAUGAUAAAAUACACAGGGUCCAUGGUCAUCCAAUCUGGGUUUUAAAAGCAUUCAAAGGAGGAGAAACAGCAUCUAAAUUAACCAGAGAGUCGAGGGGAAGGCUGACAGUCAAGAUUCUUAGGUCCUAGUGGGCAGUCCAGAAGGGGGCAGAGAAGGUGAAGUUGAGCUGAGAGCAAGGGAUGUCUGGUACAGGGUGGAUGAGAGGUGCAGGGGGCUGGGGAAGGAGGCUCUGUCACUCAAGGCCACAGACACGUUGGCUUGCAGGGACCAGGGCGCAGCUGUCCACAGGUCCAUCUGCCAGCUUUAGCGGGUCCCCUGCCUCAGGAGUCCCAGGGAGAAAGCAGCAGAAGCUCAGAAGACAGACUGGAGCAGGUCAGAGGCAGGACAAGCUAGGCAAAAGGAUAAGAGGGGCGUUGAGAUUUUUGGAGGGCUGAGGUGAAAAAUUCAGAAUUAAGAAAACAAAUCUAAGCCUUUUAAAAAACAAAUACCUUAACUUAAAAUCUAAUGAUAAUUUUCAAAAUUUGCUUUAUCAUUUAUAUUAUUAAAAUGGUUAUCCAUAUAGUUGGGUUUUUUUUUAAAAAAUUGGUUUCUUGGGGAUAAGGGUAGUUACUGGAAAUGUAUUUUCUUUGUAAUGGGUGAGGACUUCUAAAUACUAAAAUGAGUAAGGCCUGCACACAAAUUAUUCCUGUAAAUUGAUGUAAUAGAGCCUGCAGAGUAUAAAUCUUAAUAAAGUACUUUUUAAAAUCCUA